AUGUCACUACUCUUAUUCUUGACUCUCCCACUGCUCUCUAACCUCUUACCUCAAGUGCGGGGAGAUGCGAAACUCGAUACCACUCGAAUUGGAAGUGAAUAUACCUCUAUGCCUCUAUAUAGGAGUGGAGCUGGUACGAACGUACUUGACGUAUCUGUGGGGACACCAGGUACCGAGAUGAGGUUGACUUGUUCAACAAAUGUGGAUUUCUUCAUUGUCGCUGCAACAGGCUGUGAAUCAUGUAUCGAAAAUACCAAUUUAUUUCCGACGACACAAUCACAAUCAUUAAGUGUAUCGGAACAGGAUAUAGCUUACGUAUUCGACUACCCUACCGGUUCCUCAAAUACGAUGUCAAUAUCAGGUCGUUUAGGAACAGAUAUUAUAUCGGACGAAAGAGGUGAUCAAGCUACUGCUAGACCUAUGAUAUUAGCUUCUUCAAUACAGACUAAUGAUCCCUCUGCUAAAAUGGACGGUGUAGAUCUGAAGCUGAAUGAUGGUACAGCAGGGUUCUGGGGAAUGGGAAUAUAUCAAGAGAAGAAAUCUAACUCAAUCAUACCAUCACUGAUCACUUCGGAUAAUGAUGGUUCAACAGAACAACUUUCUGCCUUUACUGUUGGAUUUCAGAUAAACAAUUACUCAACCAAUUCAGAUGAUCUAGCUGGUACUGUUCAUUGGGGUGCUGUACCUGCAGAUGUCUACGAGGGAAAUUUCAAUUGGCUUUCUGUCAACUCGUCCCUUGGUGGAUCGUGGGGAUUCGACGUUGAUAGAUUGAGGAUUGGAGGAGAAGUGAUUGACUUGGAGACCCAUUUUGGAACAGUCGAUCCCGGAUUCGAUUCGAUCUUCGUGCCCACAAAUAUAGCCGAAAAGAUUUUCUCAAAAGUCAAUGGAGCUACUCGAGAUGCUGUAGAUACUACACGAUGGAACGUCCCUUGCGACGCUUCGAUAGAUCUGAAAAUAACCAUAUCCGGUACUCAAUACGCUGUGGAUCCUACAGCGUUAAUACAAAAUAGGGAUGUAGCAGGACGGACUUGUUGGAGUUCCAUCAUAGCUUGGCAAAAUGGAAGUAUACCCGAGCAGAAUGGUGAAGUAAGAUUAGGUACACCAUUCAUGUCAGGUAUCUAUGUUGCAUUGUACUACUCUGAAUCCGCGCAAUACGUUGGUUUGGCUGGAAAACCUGGUUCAGUAAAUGCGCAAAAUCUUUAUUCGCGAGAUAACGGUCAUGCAAAUAAGAAAUUGGCUGGUAUCCUCAUCGGUACACUCCUCGGUGCUCUUCUACUACUCUUAUUGCUGUGUUAUUCUCGUAAUCGGAACUCGUUUCAAUCAAUCUGGUAUCGAGCUUUACGUCGACAACAAAGAGUUCAAAUGAACGCUGUUGUACGAAGCGCUACAUUACCUCCACCAAUGAUGCCUAUAGGUAUGGGACCGGGACUACCUUUCAUGCCCCCUCCAGGAGCAGGUAUGAUGGCACCUAUGCCGGUUGGAGUAGGACCACCUAUGAUGAAUCGAAUGAUGAUGCCUUUUCCACAACAACAAUUACCCCCACAACAAUUUGGUGGAUAUCAAAACCCUCCUCCUCCGUACCAACCACCAAUCCAACAACAAGCACAAGCACAAGAGCAGCAAUUCCAACGCGGGACAAAUGAAGUUCAGAAACCCUUACUACAGCAACCACAAAUGCCCAAUACAGUGCCUCCCAAUCAUCAUGGAUUCUAUUCACCUAGAAUACAACCUACUUCGCCACCUAAAUCAGGUAUAGGUUUAUUCUCGAACCAGUAUAGAACUCGACGCUACGAUGAACCUCCUAUGUCCGCGAGUGGUGGAAGUAGAGUGCAUUUUGGUCCCACUGGAACAAGACAGAUGAGAAAUACAAGUUCGGCGUCGUUGAAUGAUUUUGGUGGUUAUGGUCAUGCCUAUGGCGGUGCAGGUGGAAGGGCGAAUAGACAAAAUCAAUUUGUGAGGGAAUAUCAAAAUAUCCAGCCGACACGCUAUGCUCCAGUCUCACAACAAGAGCAGGAACAAGAGCACGAGCAAAGAUAUGGGGAUGGAGGUGUACAAGGGGAAAUGCCAACAACAGCCGAAAUAUCAAAUCAUCAAUACAUACCGAAUACACCGAAAGAAGAAAAGAAAAAGUAUUUCUCAUGGCGGAACGGUAACGAUUAUGGACCAGUGAUAAAUCCGAAUUUACCUCCUAACGUCGAUAGAAAUGGCCAGAGAAAAAGUUGGUGGAGUGGUAAAGGUGGAGAAUCAAGAAAAGAAAUUGACGGAUUAGGUGGAUUUUCACCUAGGAUGAAGAGAGGUUUAGGGUGGAGUUGA